AUGACACAAGCUAAAUUAAAGGAUACAAUAUAUGAUGAUGCUGUUAGUUAUCAAUAUCCUUAUAAUAAAUUAUAUCCUAAAUUAGAUGGUAUUAAUACAAAUUAUUAUACUUCAAAUUUAACUAAAUUGCCAAAUAAUUCAAUAUCAAAAAUACAUUUCAAUCAAUUAGAAAAACAACAACAAAAGGAAAAGGACAAAGAAGUUCAAUUAGAUCAUCAAUUAAUAUCAAAUUCUUCAUCUUCAUCAUCUACUAUAUUAUCAGAAGCUUCUUUUAAAAUACUACAAACUAAAUUAUCAUUAAAUUUAAUGAAAGAAGAACAAGAUGAACAAAUUGCGAAUUUAAGAAAAUUAGAUCGUCCAAUAUAUUAUAAACCCCCAGUUUCAAGUAAUUUUGAAGGUGAUAAUUAUUAUGGAAUUAAAGAUUAUUUGCCACCUGGUGUCCAAUUAGGUAAACCAAAACUACAAAAUAAAAUACCAUUAAAUAAAAAAUUAUUAGACAAGAAACCUGAUAAAAUACAGUCAAAUAUAAAUGAUGAUGAUGUUGAUGAUGAUGAAUUAGAAGAAGAUGUAAUAGCAACACUAGAGAAACCAAAUUAUGCUCCACAACUACUUAAUUGGACUCUAAAUUUACAAAAAAUACUAAAAACAAUAAUUUAUUUCAUUAUAUUUUCAUUAUUUAAGUCAAUUAUAAAGAAGAUUUUAAUUGUUUAUCAAAUUAAAUCAAAAAGUAAUGAAACUUUUCAUAUUGAAUUGAUAGAUAAUCUAUAUACAAAUUUGAUAGUAUUAAUGUUUAUUAUAUAUUUAUUUUAA